AUGCUCUCCCUGUUCUACGUCAGCGCCUGUGCUGGCCUUGUGCUGGCCUCGACAUUGACCCGCAUCAAAGCGAUAAACGAACUUGCACCGCACCAUUUCGUUCCAGUCUGGGAAGCCUUUCCUGGCCGACCCAAUCCCAUUCACCAACGCUUCGAGCCGGCCAACUCUCCCGCCUCGGGCCCUAGUACGCCCAUACAGCCAGCGAGUCCUAUUCGUGCAGAAGACGCUCCUCUGCAGCUCCACCCGUACCUCUUCCAGCCGGUCGCCUACCCUACUCGCAUGCCCGAGCUCGCGCAUCUCUACACGGACUCGACGCUCCCCGCGGACUGGACGGAGGAGAAUCAGGCCUACACGAGUCGCUACCGGUUCAGCCGCAUUGAAAGUCGGCCUUUGCUGUACCGUCCUGAACCUGCGCUGCUCGAGGGCAUCGGCGGCACCAUUGUUGGCGAUCUCGGCAGCAACGGCGUGACUCUCAAGACGGCCCGCACAGGAGGCGCCAGGUACACCGAAGGCGUCUUCCUCUGGCCGCCGCUGCAUUACGCGGAGAACGGCCAACUGCACAUGCCCGCGAAUGUCCUCGAACCUCGUCUGUCCGACAUCCCCAACUCGCGCAUCCGGACCAAACCCGAAGCGCCGGAGCUGUACAGCCUCGAUGUGCCAGUGGAGGGCCAGGUUCGACGCGUUCUCGCUACGCGUGCUCAAAUCCAGUCGUUCACCACCCUCUCCCGUGCCCACCGCCACAGUAGCGCCCUGUGGCUGUUCUACGAAUCGAGGAUUCUGCAUCCCGAAGAGAUGGAGCCGCGAAAGACGCUCGCGUUUCUCGGCGCCAUGCUCCUCCCCACCCAGGCAAGGGACGUGCUGUUGGCGACGCAAAGGUUUCAGAGCUACGUCCCUGGGGAGGACGAUGCGGCGGUGGAAGGGUUGCUCCGUUUGACCCUGGGUGCGCGGUAG